CACCAAGCUCAGAAAUCUUCCUUAAACUCCAGCCACCUUCAUCAUAGUUUCAUAAUUUUCUCUAGCUAGCAACAAAGUUAUUCAUGGGUGUCUUCACUUUCACAGAUGUAUACACAUCCACGAUUCCUCCAAAAAAGAUUGCCCUCAUUGUGGACUCCCACAAUCUCAUUCCUAAGCUCAUGCCUCAAUCCAUCAAGAGUAUCAACAUCGUCCAAGGCAAUGGAGGGGCCGGGAGUAUUAAGCAGAUCAAUUUUAUCGAAGGAAGCCAACUUAGUAGCAUGAAGAAUCGAGUGGAUGAGCUGAACAAAGAGACGUUCACAUACAAGUAUACUAUGAUCAAUUUGAUGGAUAAAUUCGAAUCUAUCGCAUGCGAAGUCAAGUUCGAGCCAACCCCAGAUGGUGCGAGCAAGAACAAGAUGACCAACACCUACUACACCAAGGGCAAUGUCGAGCUUAAAGAAAAGGACAUCAAGGCUGGAAAAGAGAGAGCCUUGGGAAUGUAUAAGGUUGCGGAAGCAUACCUCCUUCAAAACCCUAAUGCUUAUGCUUGAUUCUUACAAAUAAAACUCUUAAAUAAGUUUGGAGCAACCUUCUCCAAUAAGUACUUGAAUGGUUAAUAAGGAUAUGUACUUUGCACUUGGUAAUUG